ACAAACUCCGUUAGCAGUUUACCAGCUCAAGAAAACUUGGAGUUUCAUUUUGCCGCGCCUGAAAAUGGCGACCAUAUCCAUAAGCUUCUGUCCGUACGCUAUGGCUCGCCCCAGGGUCCCACAAACUCGCAAACCUCCGGUGAAGAAGCAGACAGUACGGAGCCCUAACCCUAAGCCUAGCCAUAAGCUGAAGGCUCGAACUGGCGCCAAACAGUUGUCAUCCAUCGGAGUCGAAGCCACCACCUACACUCGCUUGCCUCCCAGAGAGGACUUCUCCCUCCCUUCUUUGGAUUCGUCGUCGUUUGAGUUCUCAUCCGAAGUCAAGCUCUCCGAAUCAAAUGUCGCGCUUAAAGUUGAGAAGGAGAUUGAUAAUUUAAGCAGUGAAGAGGAGGAGGAAGAAGAAGAAGAAGAAGAAAAGGGAUUGGAUGGUAAUUUGGGGGUGAAUUAUAGUCAAUUUGAGGUCUUUGAGGGGACUUAUGAUUCUGAACUGGACGAGGAAGAUGAUGAUAGCGAUAUUGAGGGGUUUAGUGAUGACAAAUUGGAAAGUGUUUAUCAAAACGACGACGGUGAAUUGCUAGGUUUUAAGGAGGGCGAAACUGUGAACUUAACCGAUAAUGAGGGCAAAUUGGAGGAAGGGGAAGUGAAGGAGAAGGGAGUACCAGCAGUAAUGCGGUGUUUCGACCGCGCAAAAAUCUUCGCGAAGGCAGGGGAUGGAGGGAACGGCGUAGUUGCAAUGCGGCGUGAAAAGUUCGUGCCUUUGGGAGGUCCGUCAGGCGGUGACGGUGGGCGAGGUGGUAAUGUGUAUAUGGAAGUAGAUGGUUCGAUGAAUUCACUUCUGCCAUUUAGAAACAGUGUUCAUUUUCGGGCAGGUAGAGGUGAUCAUGGAAGAGGGCAGUCCCAGAAUGGGGCUAAGGGAGAGGACGUCGUGAUUAAAGUAGCUCCUGGGACUGUUGUUCGAGAGGCUGGGAAGGAGGAGGUGCUUCUGGAGUUAUUGCAUCCCGGGCAGCUUGCAUUGUUGUUGCCGGGAGGAAGAGGCGGGAGAGGGAACGCUUCGUUUAAGUCAGGGACGAAUAAGGUGCCAAGGAUUGCUGAGAAUGGUGCAGAGGGUCCUGAAAUGUGGUUGGAGCUGGAGCUAAAGCUAGUUGCAGAUAUUGGAAUAGUGGGCGCCCCAAAUGCAGGGAAAAGCACACUUUUGAGUGUGAUAAGUGCUGCUCAGCCAACAAUAGCAAAUUAUCCCUUCACAACUUUACUUCCUAAUCUGGGUGUGGUUUCUUUUGACUAUGAUUCUACAAUGGUAGUAGCAGAUCUGCCAGGUUUACUUGAAGGAGCACACCGGGGUUUUGGUUUGGGACAUGAGUUUCUACGGCACACUGAGAGGUGUUCUGCCCUGAUACAUGUUGUUGAUGGCUCAUCACAACAGCCAGAAUUUGAGUUUGAUGCAGUCCGUCUAGAGUUGGAACUGUUUAGUCCUGAAAUUGCUGAAAAGCCUUAUCUUGUUGCUUUCAAUAAAAUGGACCUUCCAGAUGCAUAUGAAAACUGGCAAUCAUUCAAAGAAAGUUUAGAAGCUCGUGGGAUUGAAGUUUUUUGCAUGAGUGCAGUGAAAAGAGAGGGAACUCAUGAAGUGUCCUCUGCUGCUUACCAGCUUCUACGAGAAAAUAAAAUGGCAGAGGACAAGUUAGCAGAAGAUCCGGUCAAUUUAAAUCAUGUAGCUGAGAUGGUGCGGAAGCAGCAAACUGCUUCUAUUAAUGAGUUUGAGAUCACUCAUGACAGCACUACCAAUACUUGGCAUGUUGUGGGAUCUGGGUUGCAACGGUUUGUUCAGAUGACAAAUUGGCGAUAUGUGGAUUCUGGGAGAAGGUUCCAACAUGUUCUGGAGGCUUGUGGUGUGAACAAGUCUCUUAUAAAACUUGGUGUCAAGGAAGGUGACACAGUGAUUGUUGGAGAUAUGGAAAUGAUAUGGCAUGAUGCUGCAGAUACUUCUGGUUUUUCAAAUUUUAGGAAAGGAUCCACAGAAACAACCAAGUGGCCUCAGUGGAAGUGACGACGGUUAUGUGUUAUUUAACUGCUAACAUACGAAAGAGAAAGGACUUUCGACUUCCUCUGGAGCAAAACAUAAUCAAAUGGACAAAUUUUGGAGUAAUUCCAGUUGGAGGACGUUCGUGAGUCACUUAGCUUGGUCGUAUCGAAAUUUCAGAUUUUUCUACUAAACGGUUAUUUUUUGGCAAUAAAAUAAAUGAGCAGUGCGCGGUGUUGGAAUAAGGACGUUUUGGGCUUUAAUUGCCUUUUGAAGCCCAAAAUGAACUCGGAUGGGUUCGUGGCCUUCUAAAAAAGUGUUCAAAAUGUUUUUAUCUUUAAAACAAGCUAUCUUGGGCCUGAUUUGGAGGAGAUUUGAGGCAAAACGUGGCUGGGCAGUUUAAAUGCAGAUUCUCUUAGUUCAAUUUGGACUUUAUGUUCUAGUAUUAUUUUAUUUUAAUUAGUUUCCUUGUGGGGAUAGAAACGCUGGAGGGGGCAGCUUGUUUGUAGGGGGUAUUUAAGUUGGUUUUCACAGCAAUAUUGGGGACUUCUUUUUGGCUUUUGAAUGUGAAAUUGUGGAGAGCAAUUGCUAGGGUUUUGGGAGUUUUUACGACUUUAAAGUGUUUUCAUUCUUUUCUUUCUUAAUAAUAUUUUCCAUGAUUUCAGUU